AUGUAUCUAGCUUCCAUCUCUAACGCGAUCCUUAAGAUCAGUUGCUAUGCAACCCUGUGUUUUGAAAACAGUAGCGUCGCGUAUGAAUUUACUUGGUUCUCCUUGUGUUUUAAUAGUAAAAAAUGUUUGCAUUUAUUUGUUUUUGACAAUGUUAACAUUUCGUUUUCCAUCACUUCGUUUUAUGAGGACGAUUUUGUUCAAACACUUGCAUUUGUGUUACCCAUCCAAAUCUUAAACAUGCAACCCCAAUCCGCACCCCCAAAGGAAUUGAACUUCAAGAUCCAGCUGCUUUCCGGCAAGAAUGUUGCCUUGGUGGAUUGUCCGGGCUACGAGAGCGAACUGUUCAUGCCUCAAAUCGUUGGUGGACGGAUCACCUUCCAAAACAUCCUCCCAGAUCGAAGGUGUUGUGCCGAGAGCAAAAUGCUAUCGGAUCACUUGCAGGGGGACUGGGCCACGAGGACUAGGACGGUGAAGAGCCCCCUGCGGCGCUCCUUUCCCGAAGUUAUCUCUUCAACGCCGCUGGCCAAAAGCACUCCGUCGAGUACGUCCUCGCUAAGAUCUCGGCCUGACAAGGAGAACGUCCUUCCCUCCGACCUGACGCCACAAGGACAACGAGCCUUUCAGCGGACUUCCCUGUCUGAGAUAGCAAUGGAUGUGGAUCUCUGCCAGGAGCAGAUCAACACGAGCCUGUGCCUACCUUCUCCCGUACCUCAGCCACCAGCUAAAAUCGCCUCCGUGUCCCAAAAUUUUGCCAGCUACAACCAGGUCACUGUUUCACCACAGGUAACGGUACCGGUACCGGCAAUCCACAAAUACACUCCCAAGUUGGCGCCCAUACGGACAUACACUCGCAAAAAGGCGGGCACUGUCAGCAAAGCAAAGCCGGCACCACCCACUUGGUCACCUCUCCAAAAGAAGAAGACGAACUCGGCGGUAUCCUCCACCAAGGUACCCAAUCCCACCAUGAAGCUGGAGGUGCGCAAGCGCAGACUGAUCUUGGACCCCAAGACGACCCUGCCCGCCUAUGAUCCCACCAAGGUGGAACCCGUGAACAUCACAAAGAAGAAGAUCAUCCGGAAACAGGUGACGGGCAAGACACGCAAGCAAUUCGAAGCCCUGAAGGUCACAGCGUUUGACCUGCUAACCAAUCCGUCUGUGGGGCACAUGACCCAGCAUCUUAACAAACAAUUCCAGGAGUCCUGUGUGAACAAGGUGACCACCACGGUGCCCAACUACGCAGAGAUCGCAGUCGCCUCACCACUAAUAAUGGAUCGACAGGUGAAGGCGCUGGUGGCCGCUCAAAAGAGGAUGGAGCGGAUGAGUCAGAGACCCAAAUGCCGUACGUCGCGCAAGAGCAAGGUGAUCUAGGGUGGACACCUAGAAUCAUCUGGAUGUAUGUCCUUGCCAUUCAGAUUACACAUAGAUGACUUAAAAGGGUGUUCUUUGAUCUCAACUUAUAUUGCACAUGCAUUGUAUGUCCUUGCCAUUCAGAUUAAACAUAGAAGACUUACAAA